AUGGAUCCGCAUAACCCUCAGGGUAAUGGAAAUAUCAACAUGGGAAUACAAGGCCAGCAAAUGGGGUCUCAGGCUCUAGGACAAACUCAAUACAAUCAACAGAUGUUGUUAGCACAACAGCAGUAUAUGAGUAGCUUCAACCCGUUCUACGGGAACAAUCAGCACAAUCACCAGCAAAGACUUCUGGAAGAGCAGCAACGUCAAAUUGAGCUUGCUCGUCAGCAACAACAGCGGCAACAGCAAGAAGAAUUAGCACGACAGCAGCGAAUAAAGGAGGCUGAAGAACAACAACGUCAGAGGGAGCUUUUGGCACAGCGAGAGAAGGAACAAAAGGAGCUGUUGAAGCAGCAAGAGGAAGCAGCGCGAAUAGCUGAAGAGAAACGACGAAAGGAAGAAGCUGGGAGGAGGAAAUUGGAAGAGUUGAGGAAGAUCCGUGAAGAACAGUUGAGGAAACAACAAGAGGCUCUGCAGGCACAACAUGAUAUGAGAGAUCGGGUAAACCAGGUGCAGGCCGGCCAAGCCCUGACUCUUGUGGCAACACACUUCAACACGUCAUAUACACGUGAUCCGGCUUUGGUACAAAUGGUGUCACAUGCCUUAUCAAAUGUUGAUGUCAGUGACACGCGUACGCGUAUGGACAUCCACGAUGGGAUUCCUGAGUCCAAUGAUCUUCCGCGCGACUUGAUGCCUCAUUUCAUUAACGCUAUUAUGGAUGUGAACUGCAACGCACUGGAUGUGGAACCAGAACAUAACAUGGAAGCUCCCGAACACUUACUUAAUGAUAUGGAGCUGGAUCCCGCGGCAAGUUUUAGAACACUGAAUGCAACAACAGUUGUUUCCACACCAUCCACUACAGAAAUGCAGCAAAACCAAACCGAAGCUCAGGAUAAGCCAUCAACAUCCACUGCAAAUGGUGAAACGUCAUUCGUCGCACCUGUUCUUGAAGGUCGAGACAAUACACAACUUCGUCGUCAAAUGGCCAGUGUGGGAAAACAGCCGAAGGCAAGUCAACAGCGUAAAAAGAGGGAUCAGGUGGAAAGCCUAUAUGACUCAUUAACUGAUUAUUUUGAUCCAUCCGAUGGAAGGCGGCAACGGAAGCGAACAAAAACGUUGGAAGAGGAACAGGCCGAUCAGCGCGAUCUUGAACUGAUUGCUGCUAUGGAGGCUCAAAGCGCAGCGACUGUUCCCAAUGAUGUCACUAUGGACCAUAACGACGAACAGAAACGUGGAGACGGAAGUGACGAAGAUCAUAAAUUCUAUGAGAAGAGAGAUCGACGAAGGAAAAGAAAAGAGGACGUCUCGGAUCGGCCACCGACUCCUACCGAUAUCAUUCAAAAACGUGACCAAGAGUGGUCUGAGCGACAGCGUAAGCGAUUGGAAAAGUUCAGACGACGGAAAGGCAACGAAAGUGAUCACGAAUGCUGGAAUAAUGACGUUAUGGCCGAGUAUGAUUCAAAAGCUCGGUUGAAUAUUAUUAUCGACCAAAUCUUCGACCAGGUUGAAGACCUAGAUAUAAUGAAUAUAACUCAAGAUGGUAAAGACGAUGAGAGUGAGGAUGAUGAAGGAGUUAGUCCGGAGCUUUUGAUCGACCGUUCAGUGUUGGAUGACUUACGUAAUGAGGUGCAGAAGCUACUGACAUGGAAGAAGCUUACAAGUAUUUCUUCAGAUCGUCUUAUAAAAUUAAUUACCAUAUUGGAGAGAAAUAUGCGCUAUGUUGUGAGUUCCGACGGUACUCGUUUGCUGCUACCAAUAAGUAGUGAAGACGAUGGUGAGGAGUAUAAGCUGACGCGAGAACUUCUUGAUGAUCGUUUGAUUCGAGGGGCAGACUCUGCUUGUACGGCAUUAAUGAUCAUGACAUGUCACAAAAUGCCCAAACAGGUGUACAUAGAAGAUGCGAUAGAGCGGUCUAUUAAUUUGUGUCGGCAUUACCUGAAGAAUGUAAUAUAUCCGGCAUCGGACCCGUUGUAUGGACCAGGACGAAAGCAAAAAACUGAUGAGAAGCGGCGGAAGAAAAUCGAACAAGUCCAUCGAUCUCCCACUGUACAACUACUUUAUUCCAGGAUGACCGAGCUUGUUCAUAGUUUCUCGUACCUGGUGCGCCAAACAGAUUUAGCUGAAAUCUGUGUGCACCAUCUAGCAUCAAUUGCGAUCCAGGCGUUCUUCGUGAAUAAUGUCGGCGAACUGCAACAAAGCGCAUGUAAUCUGGCAGCAAACAUCUUUACUAGUGCAAAGGAACCCGUUCGGAUUGGGAUGUUGAACGAUAUCCUGAAUUCUCUCCAUCGCUCACCCGCUGGUAGAAAUGCCAACAACGGAUACCGAUUCGGUCCAGAACAAUGGAUAAGCAAUACUACAGUGCUUGUUUUGCAAUUACUGCAAAGUGUAGUUAGAGUGCCGGAAAGAAUUCAUAACAAGGGCGACAAACGCGAAGAUCCUGAUUCAGAGCCUGAUUGGCAACCAGAUUCCAUCGUACCUUCUUCUUAUAAGGAAGUUCAAAGUCUGGCACAAGUUUUUGCUUCUGGUUUCCUAAGCAGGUGCUCUUCAAAAGGAAAUAGAAAUGAGUCUGAAGAAGAUUACCGAGCAUUGUUUGAUUGCUUUUUACAAGAUAUGCUUACCGCAUUCAACAAACCCGAGUUUCCAGCUGCAGAAAUGUUCCUUCAGGUUGUUGGCAAUCUGCUAGUGAAAAAUUGUCGGAACAAAAGCGCUGAUAUUGCAAUCCGAACGGUUAGCCUUGAAUAUCUUGGCCUGAUUACAUCCCGAUUGCGGAGUAGUAUGAUUUGGUCGGUAGAAGAUUCCAAAGAGCGUAUGGACCUUGUCGUGAAAACCAUCAAAUACGAAGAAAAUGUACAAGAGGAUGGUACGUCGCUUUGGCCCAGCGUAGCGGAUGUCGAUAUAUCUGAUAUGACAUUCAGUGAAAAGCAAAUGGAACUAGAACGUGCUUUGAUCGAUUAUAUAAUUGCUAACAAAGACAUAACCGUAGAGUAUGCCGUAAGGUUUUACUGCUGCGUGUGGUACAAAGAAAUUCUAGAGGAUCUUCAAGAGCUUGAAGCGCGUUAUGCUGAAAGUAAAAGGGACAAUUUAUCUGAAAAGGAGCAUCGCAAGAAUGAGUCCCGCUUCUUAAAGAAAGUGAAGCGAGCUCAAACGCAAAAGAUCUUUCUAAUUGAUUUGUUGAAUAAAAAGAAGGACAGACAACGAAGAUACGAGAAGGCGAAACGGUUUGGCAACUCUAUGCUUGAGUCUGAUGUAGCGUGGUGUAUCAAGUAUCUUGCUGCUAAGAGAGAAUUUACUCACUCUUUCGAUUCGUUUUUAAAGCAGAUAGUAAAUUGCAUCACUAGUGAAACAACCGUGAGUUUGCGAACUAAGGCGAUGCGAUGUCUUACUCAAAUAAUUGAAAGCGACCAAUCAGUUCUACUGAUGCCAGAAUGCCUUACUGUUCAGCCAGAAGUUUCUUCCGCUGCUCAUAAUCGAAUGACUGAUUCUAAUGCAGCAGUUCGUGAAGCGACAGUAGAAAUGAUUGGUAAAUUUCUGGUAGCCAACUACGAUGCGAUACCAACAUAUUACCCACUUCUUGCUGAACGCUUGAUGGACACUGGCGUUGCCGUCCGAAAGCGGGUUAUACGAAUUAUGCGUGAAAUAUGCGAGAAAUACCCAAAUUUCGAGCAGAUCCCGAAUAUGUUGAGUCAAAUAGUGAGGCGAGUACAGGAUGAGGAUGGUGUGAAGAAGCUGGUGCUGGAAACGUUUCAGUCCCUCUGGUUUCAACCAGUUUCUGAGCGUAACACGCCGGCUCUUCUUAAAAAGGUGGUGGUGAUGACAAAAGUCGUUCAAAUUUGCGCGGAAGAGAUGAAACUUGAGACUUUGGAAGCACUUUUCCACUCACUUUUGAAGAAUGGUGACAAAAGUGCUCUUUCUGCGAGUCGGCAAAUUGUUGAUAUGUUCAUGGAUAACGUCCUCACACUUGAAAACAUAAUGGCAGCAGAAAAUGGGGUUUCCGUGAAUGCAUCAAAUGAAGAUUUAAAAGUUGCCGAAGUGCACAAAUCAAAUCAAGAACGACUCCUUGCUUGUCUCAACACACUUACACUGUUUAGUAAGGUUCGUCCAGAACUUUUGGUCAGACACGCUGAAACGCUCCAGCCGUAUCUUUCAAUUAGCGCUACGCAAAAGUCGGAAAUGUUGGUACUGAACGAAGUGAUUGGAAUGCUUGAGAGAGUUGUGCCAUUGAUGAGCCAUCCCAGUGAUGCUUUUCUUACCACUCAAGAUCAAACUCUCGCUAAUCUCGCAGCCAACGCAAGCGGAGUUGCUACUACAACUAUGACGAUCAGCUGCAUCUCUGCAAUUUGGCAUCGUUUUGGCCGACCACAAGUUCCGGCUAUUGCCACUGUUUUCAAGAAUUAUCUUGAGUUUCUGGUGAGAGUGAAAAACGCUCUGGACAAUAACAAAGGAAACCAUCAGUUAGAUGGGCCGAAGAUUCUUCGAAUACAAAGAUUCCUUUGUGGUGUCGGCGUUAUGGCGCGAUAUUUCGACUUUGAUUCAAUCAUCGAAGAUCCCGAAUUCGAGCGGAAAAUAUUUCCUGCGCACCUUAUUCGGCCGGAUUUGUCUUUUAGUACUGCGGAUGUAUCUGCAUAUCACAAUGAAGACAAACCGCGGCGGAUCCGUGACAAUGUAUAUGAUGUUCUUUUUUUCUUCUCACGCAGUACUGUGCCAAGCAUGCGUUUCAAGGCAUUUGCUGCUCUUGGUCACCUGUGCGCUAGAUAUCCUGAAUAUUUCACGUGUCGAGGUGUUAGAGAUAUGUACCAUUUCCUGCUCAGUUCUGAUGAUCCGAGCUACAUGGAGAUGCGCCUACAGGCUUUGCAAAACUUGGAAGAGUUUUUGAAGUCGGAGGAACUUAAACUUAUCAAAGGAGAUCAAGACUUCGGGAAAACCAAAGAGCAAGAAAAUAUAAAGGAAAUGGAUCAAGCUGGGUCUGGUCUUGGUUCCACAAUCAUUCAAAUAUACUGGCAAGCUGUCUUGCAAGGGUACUUUUCUAGCAAUAAUGCAAUCCGCUGCCAUUCGGCCCAGGUAGCGAGCCUUACAUACACUCAAGGCUUGGUAACUCCGGGCACAUCCAUAGCAACACUCAUUGCAAUGACAACUGAUCCACUGCCGAUUGUUCGGAAUCGAGUGGAGGCUAUGCUGAAAGAUAUUGAUGCGAAAUAUUCAGGAAUGAUCCAGAGUACUGCUGCUCAAGGGGUCCGUAAGGCGUAUCAACUGCAGGAGCGAAUACGUGGAGCUUGUGGUGAUAGCGAACGGGUUAUUCGUGGUAUUCGUGCAUUUGACUCCUCUACAUAUGCCACAUCAAAUGUUCGAAUUGAUCCGUCAACUGGUUUACCUCGACAUUCCAAUGAUGGCCAAGCCGUACUUAGUGGAUUGUACCAACGUCUGCGUGGGAAUCGACAACAACGAAGGUCUUUUCUCACGAGUGUUUUGAGGUUGUUCAGUGAGGAUUCACGAGAGAAACUGAGGCUGAACGAGUGGAUUUUUGUAGCUGACAACAUCGCCAUGUUCCCUUAUCAGGUGAUGGACGAGCCGUUAUAUGUGAUCCAUACUAUUGACUCUAUCGUUUCACUAUCGGGACAGUCGUUGUUGGUGCAGUGCAAGGCCCAUUUGCGUACUCGUCAGCCGUAUUACACAUCACAACAGCAGCCGCAGCAAGAAAGAAAUCAACUGCCUGAAGAUGACGAUCUUCUUUUUGAGCCUGAGCCUUUAUACAAUCGAUUUCCUGAAGAGAAAGGUCCGCUGUACGAUCUCAUGGAUAAUAGUCAGGCGUGCUUUUUAUUGCUCUACCUCAAAAAUUUUUUAAUGAAACUCUACGGAUUCACCGAAGCGAAAGUGCAGGAAUACUCCCCAUCAGAGGCGGCUAAAAUUUACGAAAAGGCGUUGUCAUCACGGAAGAACGUCCAAAUGUUUAACCCUCUCGCUGCGUUGGAUGGAGGCCGUCGACGUGACGGGCAGGGAGGUCUGGAGCACUUGGCAAAUGACCGCCAAAGUAUUCAGAGCCACUUCAACCUAGCGACAAAGAUUUGCAAUUUCCGUAAGAUGUUGCUUUCUCUCGAUCGCUUGGAUAAUGACGAUGACAGUGAGUAUGAAAGUGAAUUUGGUGCUGGUGCUAUCACAAAGGAUCAGCAAGAUGAAAACGAAGUUGAGUGCACCGUAACUAGCAAUGUAGCUGAUGUCGACUCGUAA